GACAAGAGCAGUAGGAGGAGAAGAACAGUGGAAACAUAUUGCCAAAGAGAGAGCGAGCAACACAGUGCAGCAGCAGUAGCAGAUCAGUGAAGCACCAGAGCGAAUAUAUGAACACACACACCAGGACAAAAAGCUACUAACACACUUGCAUCGCUUUGAAACAGCAAAGCACGGAGCGAGCUUAAAAGCAAGGGAGGACUCCUUUUUGAUUGACAUGACAAGGAGGUAGGACUUAAAGGCAAGUUGAUGAAUUUGGUUUUCCAGUGUGAUGUAUUGAAGUAUGGAAGCAUGAUAAUCCAGUGGAACAUGAUCAUGACUGAAGAUUCCUGCUGAUGGUGAGGAUGUAAAUGCCAAAAAAGAGAGCAAAGAAAGAAGAGAGAGCGUGUCAGAACAGAUUUCACAUUAGCAGCGGUCAGCUCUCUGCAGGCGGUGUAUGUGUAUGUGUAUGUGUGAGCUAGCGUGAAGUGCAGCUCCCCUCUCACACCAGGCAGCUGUCCUCACUCGCUCACAGGAGAGGGCAGCCGAGGAGAGAAAGAGAGAUACUGGAGAAAGAGUGCUGAACGAGAAAGAGAGAGACAGAUGGCACAGAUGGAAGUGAGAAAACAAACACACAAGCGGCAGGAGGAAGCCGGACAGAGGGACUCUAAAUGAAGAUCAGCAAUCGGCAGAAGUGGCACCGUGGGUUGAGCUGCAGGGAACACGUAGCCACAGAAACCUAACAGAGGAAACUGAUGGAGAGAGCGAUCACAAUCACAGACAAGACGGAUGGACUAAACAGUCUGGACUAUUGACUCUGGCUCUCACUCUUCCUCUGCUCAGUGAGCUGGCACAAAGCCACCCUGCACUUGUUUUCUCUGUCUUCUCUGUCUCAUUUUUUCCUUUAUUCAUUCAAACUUUCCAUAUUUGCUUCCAUCUGUGUGUAUGUGCAUGUUUGCGUGUUAGCGUCGGAGCUUGGUCAGAGGCUGCAGGCUGUCUUUCACCAGAGUUAAAAAGAGACACAGUUCCUCAGGACACAUUAAAUAGAUGGACUGAAUGAAAGAUACAAGGGCAGAAAGAGAGACAGAAAGAGGGAAAGAGAGAGGGAUAGGUUAGAGGUGUUGCCAGGGAGCAUACUGUGCCACCACAUGAGCUGAAUCCUCUGUGUCUUAAGUAAGGGUACUAGAUCUUUUACUUUUCUAACAUCUGUGGUUUUGAGCACUAGCUGAGCUGUCAUGAAUGCACUUUGUCAUGUCAUUGUCAGUGUAAUGUUAUUAGCUGAAGUAAUAAACAUUAGGUAGUCUAGUAAUAGAGAUUAACAAUAAAUAUGAAGAAGACAACAAUGGCUUAUUCUCCAUGGUUUAAUCACUGGCAGGUUCUACAAGGCUCCUGGAUCAAAACAGGGUAUUUUUGUAGCUCGAGUUUUGUGGUCUGAUUUUCUUCCUGGUGUUCCCCUGAAAGAAAGAGAGAGAGAUAGAGAGAGGUAGCUUAGAGGUCGUGCCAGGAGGUUUAUAAGCAGUAGGCAGAGAACUUGAACCAGCUGUGUAAGUGAGCUAACUCCUUUACUUGUUAGUUUAUUUAAUAUUGAGCUUCAGUAGAGCUGCUGUGAAUCAGAACUUCACACAUAACAAUGUCAAACUGAAGCACUAGCAAAUUUUAGAGCAGGGUACUUUUUGGGCAUUAGUUGUGUGGGUUCAUUAUCCCUUGGGCAUUCUCUUGCUGCCUGCUGCCCCAUGAUUGCUCCUGGCACGGCACCCUGGCUAGGAAAUGAAGCCGUGCCCUGUGCCGCUCUAGCAACACUGUGGACAUUCAUGGCUCGGGAAUUCCCGCGCCCUCGCCGAUCCUCAUCCUCGGUGCCCAGUCAAGUGCCCAAUCGCCGCCGCUUGCCCCUGGCACUACGUACCCGCCUGCAUGGCCUUCGCCACGCCUGUUCCCCAGCCUCUUCACCAAUUCGUAGGGCACUCUGGACACUGGCACUGUGCACUGCGCUGGGCCUGCUGCUGUCAUGGUCCUCAAACCGUGUGCUGCACUGGUUGGCUUUGCCCACGGCCACCAGAGUGCACACGCAAUGGGCACGCCAGCUUGAUUUUCCCACCAUCACUAUCUGCAACAACAACCCGGUGCGACUCCCGCACCUCACCAAGAGUGACCUGUACUUUGCCGGACACUGGCUGGGCCUGCUGCAUGCUAAUGGGACAGCACGCUCGCUAGUGCUCGAGCUGCUGCGUGGUGAGCGUCUUGCUUGGUUUCGCAAGCUCUCUGACUUUCGGCUCUUUCUCCCACCGCGCCGCUUCCCAGGGACCAGCCUCGAGUUCCUCGACCGCCUUGGGCACCAGCUGGACGAUAUGCUGCUUGCCUGCAAGUAUCGAGGAGAACCAUGUGGUGCUCAUAACUUCUCCACUGUUUUUACACGAUAUGGGAAGUGUUAUAUGUUCAACGCAGCUGAGGAGGGCAAGGCUUUGAGAACCACGAUGAAAGGAGGGACUGGAAAUGGCCUGGAGAUCAUGCUGGAUAUUCAGCAAGAUGAGUACCUGCCUGUGUGGGGCGAGACAGAGGAGACGGCGUUUGAGGCAGGCGUGAGGGUGCAGAUCCACAGUCAAGCUGAGCCUCCGUUUGUGCAUGAGCUGGGCUUUGGGGUGGCUCCAGGGUUUCAAACUUUCGUAGCCACUCAGGAACAGCGGCUGACGUACUUGCCGCCUCCAUGGGGAGAGUGUGUGUCGCAGGCUCUGGGCUUCUUCGAGGUGUACAGUGUCACAGCGUGCCGUAUUGAGUGUGAGACACGCUACAUCGUGGAGAACUGUAACUGCAGGAUGGUGUACAUGCCCGGAGAUUCUCCGUACUGCACUCCUGAACAGUAUAAAGACUGUGCUGAACCUGCACUCGCCGCUCUUUCAUCGGUGGAGGGCAGCAGCUGCAUGUGCAGGAACCCGUGCAACAUGACCCGCUACAACAAAGAGCUCUCCAUGGUCAAGAUCCCCAGCAAGACGUCAGCGCGCUACCUGGAGAAGAAGUUCAACAGAUCGGAGAAGUAUAUCACGGACAACAUCCUGGUGCUGGAUGUCUUCUUUGAGGCUCUGAAUUAUGAGACCAUUGAGCAGAAGAAAGCCUACGAGGUGGCUGGACUGCUAGGAGACAUUGGAGGUCAGAUGGGGUUGUUUAUCGGCGCGAGCAUACUGACAAUCCUCGAGCUGUUUGACUAUGCCUAUGAGGUGGUGAAGGACAGAAUCCUGGAUCUUUUGAGUCGAGGAGAGGAGGAAGAGAGUCGAGGGGAAGACGUGAGCACAUGUGAUCCAGUAGUGAAUCAUUCAGAGACGAUCAGCCACACAGUCAGUGUUCCUUUACAGACCACUCUGGGGACGCUGGAGGAGAUCGCCUGCUGAGAGCACUUCCCCUCCAGGGCAGCAGGAGGAGACAACAAAUCCUCCUCACCGCCCCUGCUGCCGGGAACCCAGUCUGGGGAAGAGACAUGAAAUCAAAAAAAGAGAAAGGAAAAUGAUUCAUUUUCCCUUUUCGCAUAAACUGCUACAUGAUCAUUCUGUACAAACCCAAAAAGAAACUAUGAUGGCAGCUCUGGCAGGCAAGACAAGUACACUGAAAUCUCACACACACACUCACACUCACACUCACACAAACAUACACACUGACUCUCAAAGUCUUCUCCAAAGCUGAGACUGAUGGACGAGAAGUGAGACACUUUAACUCCUAACUUCACACUAGUGUGAGAAUGUGAACUGGCACAGGACAUGAGUGUGUAAAUGCAUCGUCAGUCUGCUGGGCUGCCAUUUUAAAGUCUACUGCCAAAACUCAAAGAACUCCCAAACCGCAGAAGGACAAGAACCUUUGCAUGUGUCAGUUUCUCUGGCUGAGCUGCGUUUCCCUCUCGCCUGCCUCUCGCUGAGACCAUCGUUCCGCUUCCGUCUUGUGUCUCUGCAUCUGAUUAUGUGCCAGUAGGGCUCUGUCCCAAACCCACAGCAGCACUCUUUCCUUUUCUGCAUUCACGCACUCCUACCUGAUUUCUGUUGCAGUAUCAGAAAGCACUAUGGAUCCGAGGGACGUUUCUGACAUCGUCACUUCAUCAUGUGACGGUCAAUAAAGGAGUUUCCACCAGCCUUCAUAUUUCCCGAAAGAGGAAAGAAGGAAAACAAAGGAGGGAGAUGGAAAAGUGUGUUGCUUAGUCAGAGAGAUUAAGCCAUAAUUUCUGUUUAUCUUACAGCAAAAUGUCUUAUUUUAAAAGUGAGGUUUUUAGUUUUUGCUCAGAGAGGCCAAAUUUCACAUCUCUAACAUGCAUCUCAUUAAAUCAGAUCUUUAUUUGGAUCCUCUUCAUUUCUGCACAUUUUCAACCCUGAAAUUGAACAAGAGCAAAGAAAUCAGGCGCCGUGAGGAAUACAAGAGCAAGGGCACUGUCGCAUAUGUAAUGUGUUUAAAUCAAACCUUAGUGUGUUUAUGCUUACAGGAAGUGAUUGCCUUCAAGCUUCAAGCCUGCCUUCAAACAAACCCUAGUGCAGUUUAAACACAAGUCAUCCCCGAUUCAACCCAAGUGCAGAAAUUAACCACUGCACAAAAGACACUGCAAAUGUUUUGUUUUAUAUUAGUUUCUCCAGUCUUCUUUCAGCUGUAAAGUGAGAUACACAAUACCAACCCAAAAAUGCAACAGCAAAUCAGAAAACACAACAAACACAAAACAGCACAUUCAGAAACACAACAGAAAAACCACACUAUAAAUGUGAAGAUAUCCUGAAUAAAGGAAAAGUUGUCUAAUAUUUCUUAUUGUGAGAUUAUAACAAAUAUAUGAACAUUACACCUAUUUCUAGACAUAUUAGCUACUUUCAAGCUUUAAAAGAGUCGUAUUCUUUCGUUAGAUGGCCUUGCUUCUUUCACGAAAUCAAUGCUUAAAAUAAGCUAAAUUCAAGCUUGACUAAAAAAUGUUUAGAACUUGGUUUAGUAAUCUUAGAUUUGUUAAAAAAAAACAUUUUAUUAAAGAGAAAUAGUUGCUUUGCCUAUAUUCAAGAUAGUUUUACUUGCAAAGACGUACUGCAUAUGAUUUUUUGUGGUGCAAAACACCACGGCAAAUUUAGAAAAUGCAAAAUGAAUAAACACGUCAGCAUUAGCUUAUCGAACAUAUCGAUCACGUACUGGUCACUGAUCAUACACGGCGUAUGACUAUCACAAGGAAAAAGAAGUCUACCUUGUCAGUCUGUUAUCUAUAUUAGUCUAAUUUAUCUAGUUUAGUUUAGCCUAGCAAAACAAAUGUAAUGCUUUUCUUUUUAAUUAGUCUUUAUAGUGAGGAGUAAUUCAUUCUUCUGAAUAACCUGGCUUCCUUCAGGCGUGUUUUCAGCAUUCACUUUAACGCAAAGUUGACAGCUUAUCGAAAAUAAAAUCAUCCCCUUCAUAAACAUAUACACAAAUAAAAGCAUCACUUAUUCAUUCAUUUAUUUGAUUCAUUUAUUCUAGUAUUUCCUCUGACUGUAAAGAUGCUGCAGCUCUCCAGUUUUCUCCGUAGCCGAGACUGACGCGCACUGCGGCCAAUCAGCAACGAGCACGUCAUGUUCAGUAAAGACCAACCCUUUCCGUAUAAGUUAAAGUUCAUCUGGUUCUGAAUUUCUGUUGCAUUUUUGGUUUAAGUUGUUCCAUGUUUAUGGUCCAGGCUAAAAGCCCCAGAAAAGUAUCAAAUUCACUCUGAUUCCAAUUCAGAGAAUACACUACUCCGAAAAGACGUGCCCUGACUCCUGUUUCAGACAGGAAAACACACAGCUGUGCUUUAAACCAUUUUAAAAUUUCCAUGUGCUUUUCACAUGAUUCUGCAGUGGUCUCGCACCUGAGAAGCACUUAUUUCCUCUGGACUACUUUUCACUCUGCACAAGUGGACUCAUGAAAAAGAAUAUAUAUAUGUAUAUAUAUAUAUAUAAAUAUAUAUAUAUA